AGAAAUAUUUGAAAUCUUUCAUAAAAAUAUCUUCUCUCUGUAUUCAUUCCAAAUUCCAAGUUAAAUGAAGUGUAGGUUCUCUUCAAGAAGUGAGCCGGGUAUUUAUAUGAUUCGUACAGAUCUUAGAUUAACGCUAUCAUUUUAUAGAAAUUGAGAAGUUGUCAACAGAUUCUUUUUAAGUUAUAUAUGGAUUUGAAGAGCUCAUAACUUGUUAGGUUUCUGUAUCCAAAAUGAUGGAUAAAAAAGUAAUACCGCUGUAUAUAACAGACAGCCUUGCUGCUCUGGACGCUUUGGCGACAAAAGACAAUGUUUUCAAAUACCUCAACAAGUCUCAUAAGCUUAAAAAUUUAGCUUCCAAAAUGAAAGCGGAACUGUUGCUGUGUCGAGAGGACCAAGAGAAAUGUUACAUUUUAGCUAAGCGCUAUGUUUUGCUGAUGGAUCACCUAUUUAAAGUAUCUGACGAUCCGAAAUAUAUUCGCACUUUGUUUCUCAAUGACUAUAACACUGUAAAGACACUCUUGAAUAACCUCAGGAGUGAACUAGAGGAAAGGUAUAAGGUCUUGACAGCUUCGCUUCAAGAAAAACUUUCUAUCAGCUCGAGAGCUCCGCAUAGCAGCAAUACGCUUUCAGACCAGUCUUCGAUUGUUCUGGAUAGCGACUACAUUCAACCGACUGGCGAACCUGACCCAUUUAUAGACUUUGAACCGACUGAAGAUGAUAUGACCUCAGAUAUCCAGGAACCAAGAGGCACUCCACUAGUGCAAAAGCCUGGAAGCGGACUGUUCCUUACACCUGAAGAGUUUUACAGACGCCUUGACGACAUGAACGUGUUAAUUCUAGACGUUCGACAAACUAACGAAUACGAUCAAACUAGAAUCAAGAAAAAGGCAGGAGGCAUGAUUAAUAUUCCACCCGAACUCAUUCAACCAGGCCUUUCCGCAAAUACGCUAGGGCUUAAAUUGUCACCAGAGACCCGUGUAAUCUGGGAUAACCGAGAUAGCUUCGACUGCAUUGUCAUUUUGGAUUAUGACACAACAAAGUUUACCUACGGAUUGUCGAAAUUACACUGCCUACGCAUAUUCAUAACUGAGUGGGACUUCAACAGAAGCUACCGGGAGCUCCCAUUUAUCCUAGAUGGCGGUUUAAAAGAGUUCGUUCAAUGUUAUCCUUCAGAAGUAGAGAAUUCUGGUUGUUUGUUCGCUAAGCAAAACUCUGAGAUCGACGAUUUGUUGGAUAUAGACUCAGUGGAAUAUCCUGGUGCAGCCUCAGGAGGAGGUCAUAGAAACCUCAUGGUUGAUUCGGCAUAUUCUAUGGGCAACAUAGCAAAACGUGUAGACAGGGACUUCCCCGCAGAAGAUGAAGACGAUGAAGUAGCGCUUAAAUUGCGUAAUAUACGUUCAGAAGGGGCAUUGCCGAAAAAUUCGUACUUUGCCAAGGAGCCAGUUGUAUCUAGUGGGCCUUACACGAGCAUUUCCGAGCAUCGAAUUCCAAUGGAAUACAACGAAGGAAACAUUAACCCUGCAGCUUCGACGGACUUCAUGAAGCGGCAAGAUAUGUCGGUUGAGGAUUGCCAGGCAAUCCGAAAGCUCAUGGAAGGUGACAGAGAAUUGAUGUUGCUAAAAGCCCGCGCAUCAAAACCAACUUAUCUUCCAGAGCAAUGGAAUGAGGGUAACCAAGACUACUCAAGGUCACAUGAAAGACGGAGAGAUAAUUCUCCAGAGCCGAUGGACAAUGCUGUGCCAACCUAUGUCUCUCCACCUCCUUCCUUUGACAGGAGUUUUAAACCUGCUAGAGUCAUAGAACCAGAAAAAGACGUGAAGGGGCGAGGCUUCACGGGAAUCCGAAAUUACAAGAAUUGCUGUUUUAUGAGCGCGAUCUUACAAUGUAUGAAAACAUUGCCGUUCAUAAAAGAGUACUUUGUGAAUACAAACAGGCACUUAACCCUGAAUCGAAGAGUACCUCCGGUAUUCAAUAUAUUGAUGGGUGAGGUGUUUGAUAAGCUGUGGGAGGGUACUGAGGAUGAUCCAAAAAUCUACUAUCCCCAAUUUAUAAGGGAUAAACUCAGCCGCGUGAACCCAAUGUAUGAAAAAGGGUGGCAUGAAGAUGCGUUCGAGUUCUUCACAUUUUUCUUCGGUCAACUCAGCGAGGAUUGCAUGGUCGAAAUGCCCAGACCGGAGGUUAUGACGGAUAGUGAACAAGCUUGGUAUAGCGCUCUACAAGGGCGAUCGAGCUUUUUGGUGGAUAGAACGUACUAUCAACUUAGGGAUGAGAAAAUUUGCACUCAUUGCAAAAAGAAGAUCUGUUCAUUCGAAACAGAGGGUAUCCUAAAUCUUGCCAUGCGGCAGAACUUAGAACCCUGUGAAUUAGAAGAUUUGAUCAAGGAUUAUCUGGCCGAAACCACUGAAAAAGACUAUCAGUGCGAGAUAUGCAAGAACAUUGGUGCAGUCGUGAACAAGAGAUAUGUCAUCGUAGAUCCAGACACGUUGAUUAUAUGUCUGAAAAGAAUCCUAAUUUCUAAAGAUGAAGUAAUGAAGCAUCCUGGUCUUGUCAGUUUUCCGGACAAGCUACAAUUUGGAAGCUCGGUGUAUAAACUCUACGCUGUAGUCCAGCAUAGCGGAACUCUAUCUCAAGGCCAUUAUAUUGCCACUGUUUUACUUGACGAUAUAAGAGACGACUGGAUCGAGUUCAAUGAUGACGUUAUGACUCGCAUCAGUACUAGGCCGUUGAAAGACGCUCCUGGAAUAAGAUCGAGUGUAGCUGGGUUUUUCUACGUUCGUCAAGAUGCUGCAGAACCUAAUGUGGUAUAGUCUGAUAAAGAAAUGUGAUACUAGAAUAACUAAACAACAUAUAUGCAACAUUCCUGGAUAAGCCGCAGUAUUUUUCUAGUAAUAUUAUCAUAUGCCACGUUCCUUUGAAGUGCCUAUAGACGGAUUUUUUCUAUUUAGGAAAUUUGAAUAUCUAUUGUCUAUUUUCGCGACGUAAAUGAGGUUAGAGUUUGCUUCUUGUCACAUCAUACAAAUAGCGUUUUCGUGCUAAGCAACUGGAAAGGCCCAAUAUAUUUACGGGAAGUUAUUUAUGCUGCUUCAUAAUACACAGUGGGUAGAUCGAUAUAUUUGUAUUGAAUCUAUCCUCUGACCUUUAUGUAGCUUGUAAAUAUUUUUGUCAGAAUAUCCAUACAAUAUUCAUGCACGUUUUUGUGGAUAUAGAAUAUCAAUUUUAACCCUUAAAUGCCUAUGCACAUAACAUCAACCUACAUGCCGGUACGGGGUCCAUCAGGGACCCCAACCAAAAACAUAAGUUUCUGUAAUUUUUCAAAUGUAUUUAAGAAAAAUUUAAGCUUUUUAAGUUAUUUUGAACUAAAUAUUCAAUGGUAAUAAAAACAAUACAGAUAUAAUUAGAAAAAAGUGAUGUAAACUGAAACAUUUAUUUUUUCAAAUAUAACAAAAUAUACUGUUAUAUGUAUAUAUUUCCACGACAAAAAAACCACAUUUUAAAUAAUAAACAUAUUAUGUAACAAACAUAAAUUACCCUUCGGAACAUUUCACGUUGAGAAACAUUUGGUACAUACAUAAGUUUGCUCCUUUUUUCUAUGAAGUUCACAAACAAAUUUACUACAAACAGCGCAAGUUAUGUUUACUUUCCUGUCAUCUUUUCGAGUGCAUUCAUAACAUCUGGCCCGUUUUGUAGCAGGAGCUUGUGGUUUAGGAAUAUGUUGGUCUUCCAUUACUACUCCGCAGUCUCGUAGAGCCGUUUUUACACGGUCCUUAUGAUUUUUGUAGUGGGAUCUUUUCACCAUAUUGUUCCGAGCGAGAUCAUCUCCCAAUUGUAAAAGAAAUAAUCGUCGUCUCGAGUAAUUAUUUUUCUGCCAAUCAGGAUUUUUUUCAUUGUAUAAAAUGAAAGCAUUUGAAGCACAAAUAUCUAUCACGUUCAUAAAUAAUCUAUACGGCCAUCGAGCUGUUCUUCUGCUGCAUGAAUACUCUCUAAUAAGUUGAUCUGCAUGGUCAACGCCCCCCUUACUCGCAUUGUAAUCUAUGAUCAUAUUUGGCUUAUUUUGUAAGUCUGCACAUACUUUAUCGUCAUCAUGUUGGCUUGAUAAUAAAUGUACCAUUCCAUUUUUUUUAGGAACAUAUGAGACCAUUGUAAGAUCUUUAGUGAAUAAAAAUAUGGACGAUUCUACUGGUCUCGAUUUUAUGUUUAGCAGGACUGGUGUAUCAGGCUUGUUCUUUCUAACAGUUCCCAGUAAUGUGAGUUUUUUGGUCAACAAAUAGUUGGCGAGGGGAACACUUGUAAAAAAAUUAUCUGUAGUUAUUCCUCGCCAACUGUUGUGAUACGGUUCUACCAAAUCUGAUACUACACGGAAACCUUGAUUUUUUUCUGGUACACCACCGCGAGGUUUUCCCGUAUACAGGGUGACAGGAAAUUAGUGGCGGAGCCGGUAAGGGGUGAUAGUAUAGGGUAAUUAGAGCCGAUAUUACUAUGAGACCUACUAUCCCACAGUAACCCAUUCCAAGAUAUUCGUACUUGAAGAAUUUUACCAAAAAGUUCUACUUAAAAUUUUAAAAUAGGUAUACAUCUUAAAAAAUGGCUUUUCGGCCAAUUUUUUUUUUGUUUUACAACAAAGAUAUUCUGAAU